UUUGAGGAAAUGAGGCGUGCAUUGCUUGCGUAAGUUUUAAUGUAUUGGUCAUUUUGCCCCAAAUCCAACAGCCCUGUGCCUGAAACCAAACGCAGCCUCAGACCUAGAAAACACUCAGAACUCAACUCAAACCAAACCUGGAAAGUUGAAAUGCCCAAACUAGUCCAAACCCCAAAGUACCCAACAACAAGAGCGGUAAAAAACCUCCUUUCUCAUCUCUACCUCCCCGGAUCUCGACUAAACUAAAACAAUCCCUCAUGUUUCGUAGACUCUGUACAUCUCUCUUUCACCCCAAACCCUUUUCCCUUCUUCCCCUCCCCAAAAAACCCUCCUUUUCAACUCCCCAAACUCUUCCCAAAGGACUCUUUUUCACUUCAACCAUCAGAAUGGCUAAUACCCAAAAGUUCCAUUCCAUUCCUUCCCUUGACAAAGCCUCAAAACCAGAGUUACUUCGUGCUCUGGAGUUUUCUUUAGGCUCUUCUUUUAGCUCUGACUCAAUUUGCCCCACCCCAAAUCCUUUAAUCAUUGUUAUAAGUGGUCCAAGUGGGGUAGGCAAAGAUGCAGUCAUCAAAAGACUCAGAGAAGUCAGAGAAAAUCUUCAUUUUGUUGUUACUGCUACAAGUAGAGGAAUGAGGCCUGGUGAAGUUAAUGGCAAGGAUUAUUAUUUUGUAUCAAAGGAAGAGUUUUUGUCGAUGGUUGAAAAAGAUGAGCUUUUGGAGUAUGCUUUAGUUUAUGGUGAUUAUAAAGGAAUACCCAAGAAGCAGAUAAGGGAGUUUAUGGCAAAAGGGUGUGAUAUUGUGUUGAGGGUGGAUAUUCAAGGGGCCGAAACAUUGAGGAAGAUUCUUGGGGAUUCUGGGGUGUUUAUAUUUUUGGUGGCUGAGAGUGAGUUGGCUCUUGUGGAGAGGCUUAUUGAGAGGAAGACUGAGAGUAAGGAGGAAUUGCUGGUGAGGAUUGCUACUGCCAGAGAAGAGGUGAAGUAUGUUAAUAGAUUUGAUUAUGUUGUAGUGAAUGCUCAAGGUAAGCUUGAGGAGGCUGUGAAUUUGGUGGGGUCUAUCAUUGAUGCUGAGAGGGCUAAGGUUUGCCAGAGGAGUCCGUUCAUUUGACACUUUUGCUGCAGAGGGUUCUUCAGGUUGGUUUUUUCAGGGACAAUUGUGUUGUUUACUUGUUUCAUUCUGGGCCAAAGUUCCAUACAAUACCAAGAAAUGCCCUCAAUGACCCAUGUUGGGGUUCAGAAAUGAUAAGCUAUUGUAGCUUGCUAAUUUGGUUUUAUGCUAAACCAUGCUUUGAGCACCAAGAAGCAAAGUUACGAGACUUGAAGGAACUAUGAUUUUAAAUAAACAAAAGCUGCAGAUGAUCACGUCCACGGCCAUACGCAAAAGCAAUUGACACACAUGGAAUGAAUAGGAGAAUGAUACGUCUACAGCUCAAUAGAGAAGCCGAGUAAGCAGUUGUGUGUAAUUUGCCCAAAACAUUCCCUCUUGAAACAAGAAAUUCAGUUAAAUAAUUCUCUGGCAAAGAUUAUGUCAGAUCA